AUGCCCGUUCACUGUCUGCAGAGCCCGGUGCUGGCGGGCUGCGCCGCUUUAGCCACGAUGGGGGCCCUGAUACUGUACUUAAGGGAGCCCUCCGGCUACGGGAAGUACACGGGGAGUGUGACCGCAGCUACCCACCUGUCCGCCCGCGCCGCCUGGUUCCUGCAGGAGCUGCCCUCCUUCGCGGUCCCGGCGUGGAUGCUCCUCGGUCAGACCCGCGCUCUCCUUGGCCCGCCCGGGACUGUGCUUCUGGGCCUCUUUUGCGCGCAUUACUUCCACAGGACAUUUAUUUAUGCCCUCCUCAGUAGAGGGAGGCCUUUUCCAAUUGGGAUACUUAUCAAAGGCUUUGUCUUCUGCAUGGGAAAUGGAUUCCUGCAAAGCUACUACCUGAUUUACUGCGCUGACUACCCUGCUGAGUGGUACACAGACAUACGGUUUAUCCUGGGUGUCUUCCUAUUUAUCUUUGGCAUGGGCAUCAACAUUCACAGUGACUAUAUAUUGUACCAGCUCCGGAAGCCUGGAGAAAUCAUCUAUAAGAUUCCACAAGGUGGCUUGUUCACAUACGUUUCAGGAGCCAAUUUCCUCGGUGAGAUCAUCGAAUGGAUCGGCUUUGCCCUGGCCACCUGGUCCCUCCCAGGACUUGCAUUUGCAUUUUUCUCGCUUUGUUUCCUUGGGCUGCGAGCUUUUCACCACCAUAGGUUCUACCUCAAGAUCUUUGAGGACUACCCCAAAUUUCGGAAAGCCCUCAUUCCAUUUAUCUUUUAA